CUCAAGGUUGGGCAUUAGGAGAAAAAAGAACAGAAGCAGGCAGUGUGAAGAUCAGAGUGAGAAGAUUGUUUGAAAACAAUGAAUAUCUUCUGUAUCGGUACACUUUUCAGUCUGAUGCCAGUUACUGCUGUUCAGAAAACUCUCCCACAGACUCCUCCAGUACAAACAGUUUCCAUUGGAAGCACAGUAAUGCUGAAUUGCUACACUAGUUGUUACACAAGUGGAGGUGUUCACUGGUAUAAACAACAGCUACAAGAACAUCUGCAACUUGUUUACAUUGUGCACAAGCACUUUGUUCCUGAUAGAAGAUUUUCUGGAAAAAUUAACGACGACUCAACUAUUUAUACCCUUGUCAUUCGGGAUGUCCAGAGAAAUGAUUCAGGUCACUAUUUCUGUGCAGCCAGAGAACUUUAUGGAGAGCCCUACAAAGUGGGAAAUGGAUCAAAGUUGUUUAUAACAGAACCCCCAGCCAUCUUUCUCUUAUCACUACCGCUGGAUGAAAUGUUUCAUAUGGAGGCUAACACAUUGGUGUGCUUAGUAAACAACGUGCUUUCUGAUUCAAUUCCCAUCGGCUGGAAUAUUUCCACUUGGGAUGGCAAGCAUUGGACACAUUCUGGGACAAUCGUCUCUGCUGGAGGAUUCGCUAUCAUAAGUCACUUCAGAGUCCCAACAGAAACAUGGAAACAAGUCGCUUCCUGCACUUGCUCAGUUCAAAUCACUUCAACAGAAAUUCUUGCCAGCGAAGUUAUCUCCUAUCACAGAGAGCCAUGGUGGACCCAUUGCCAGCUCAUGUAUUAUUGGUGUUCAUUGAUGAUACUGCUCCCUCUCACGAUGUUAGCUGUCACAAUUUGGAUUUACAGCAAAUGUGUUUCAGGCAAGUGGGAGAAGGAUUCAUUCACAGAUGCCAGACCACGUGAUUCAAAUCAGGAGACUCUGUAUGCUCAUUUAGCAUUUACUGGAGAUUCAACGUUCUGAUGGGACUCACAUUCAUGAAUUGAAGAACAUAUCCAAUCUUUUUUUUUGUUUUCUCUCAUUCUGAAGUCUGUAAGAAACUUUAUUCAUGACUAAUCAAAUGAAUAUUUCCUCGAUUCUGUGCUAUGCCAGUGUGUUUUGGAUCCCAAAAUCAUAUAGUUGGAAGAUUGGUUCAGAAGAACACGUGAUACAAUGAAAACUGAAUAUCCACUUGAUGAAGGUUGCAUCAUU